AUGGCGGAUACUGAGGAGAAGAGUGCGUUGUACACUGCUCUCAAUGUAAAAGGAUUCCUCAACGCAAAAAACCCGUCGACGAAAGACCAGCUGAGGAUCGAGAAAAAGUUUUGGCCUUCCGCAAACAGCAGAAGGCAAGACUCAUCGAUGAGACGUCGUCAAGAAGGACAUCGGAACCAACGAAUGGAUUCUGGAGAUGACGGGAAACAAUUAUAUUUGGAGUCGGAAGUCAAGGACAGAUCAGAAAUGGAGAGUGAAACAUAA